AUGUCUGGCCAAAGGGAUUUCGCAGCCUCAGUUUCUCGAGGAUUGCGGCCGUCGCCCUUCUCGCUGCAGGGCGACACCUGGGAUGACUGGGCGAUACUCUCACGCGAGAACUAUAUGGCUUCUCGGGUUGUUGCAGAAAUAACCAGCUACCGUGAUGUUAUGGAUUCCUUGGGUGAAGACCGCACUGCCUCCAUUUUCAGUGAGCCGUUCGAGCACGCGCGCUUUCAAAUUUAG